GAUUGUGGAGUAGUGACAUGUACAGAACCAUUAACAUACACACCUCCAGGUUCACCAUGUGGAUGUGUGUGGCCAAUCCAAGUUGAACUCGGACUCGAUGUGGCUAUCUACAGUUUCUUUACUUUGGUCACAGAGUUGGCAGAAGAAAUUGCAGCUAGUGUUGGGCUGAACCACAGCCAAGUUAGGAUCAUGGGAGCAAAUGCAGACAAUAAUCAGCAGCUGGAGAAAUCAACUGUUCUCAUCAAUCUUGUUCCUCGCGAAUUAAGAUUUGAUUAUGCUGCUGCUUUGUCCAUCUACAACAAAUUCUGGAACAAGCAAGUUCUCAUUAAAGAUUCUGUCUUUGGUGCCUAUGAGGUUUUAAAUGUCCACUAUCCAGGCCUUCCACCUUCUCCACCUUCCCCUACCAGCAUUUCAACUAUAGACGAUGGACCAUAUUCUGGCCGCAACCAUGGUGGGAUGGUGGUCAAGCCUCUGGGAGUAAACGUCCCAAGAAGGAAGAAAGAUGAGAUUGGUGGAGGCAUCAUAGCUAUCCUGAUAAUUUGUUCGCUCGCCGCCCUGGUUAUCUGCUUGGCAAUAGUUUGGUUCCUGGCGCUGAAAAGUAGAAAUUGCAUUACUCAUAAACCUCAAGAAUCAUCCAAUCAUGCCACAUUUCCCCCCUCUCCUAAAAAACCGCUAGGGACGGGAGGAGUUAAAGUAAUAGGAACCAUGUCGAGCUCUUCUGCAUACACAGGCUCUUCUGCAUACACAGGCUCUGCCAAGACCUUUACUUUGAGUGAAAUACAGAGAGCUACCAACAGUUUCAAUGCUUCUAGGAUUCUUGGAGAAGGUGGGUUUGGCCUGGUUUAUAGUGGGAAGCUGGAAAAUGGGAAGGAGGUUGCUGUGAAGGUGUUGAAGAGAGAUGAUCAUCAUGGCAGCAGGGAGUUUCUAGCAGAAGUCGAGAUGCUCAGCAGGCUGCAUCACAGAAAUCUUGUGAAGUUGAUUGGCAUUUGCUCCGAAGGCCAUACUCGUUGCCUUGUUUAUGAACUCGUCCCAAAUGGAAGCCUGGAAUCACACUUACAUGGGGCUGACAAGGGGUCUGAUCCCCUUGACUGGGAUGCAAGAAUGAAGAUUGCUCUUGGUGCAGCUCGGGCUCUAGCAUACUUGCACGAGGAUUCGAGCCCUUGUGUCAUCCAUCGGGACUUCAAGGCUAGUAACAUCCUUUUGGAACGUGAUUUUACACCCAAGGUUUCAGAUUUUGGCUUGGCUAGAACUGCCAUUGAUGAGGGAAACAAGCAUAUCUCCACACAUGUCAUGGGAACUUUCGGGUAUGAUCAUACAUCCCUCAACUUUCUUAACAGUUUCAGCUACCUGGCUCCUGAAUAUGCAAUGACCGGCCAUCUCCUAGUGAAGAGCGAUGUGUACAGCUAUGGUGUAGUCCUCCUUGAGCUCCUAACUGGUCGUAAACCGGUGGACUUAACUCAACCACCUGGUCAAGAAAAUCUAGUUGCUUAUGCACGUCCAUUGCUAACGAGCGGAGAAGGACUAGAAGCCCUUGUUGAUCCAGCUAUAAAAAUGUCCAGUAGUGUCUCAUUUGACAUAAUUGCCAAAGUAGCAGCCGUUGCAUCCAUGUGUGUCCAGCCAGAGGUCUCGCAUCGGCCUUUCAUGGGCGAAGUGGUUCAGGCAUUGAAGCUUGUCUGCAAUGAGUUUGAUGAAGCAGCAGCAACAGAAGUCCAACAGAUUAAACAAGCUCCCAACCAUGAGAGCUUUCUGAUGGAAGGAGUUGAGAUGAAAAACAAAGGAGGACUGUCAAGUGAGCUUAUAGAUGUUGUUUUUUCGCAGUCUCAACGCCACCCUCCUCUUCCAUUGUCGUCGACUUCUGGUGAUCUGUUGUGUUCAAGUGUGGGAAUUGAAGAAGGGGUGGAUUCUGGUGUUCAUAGAAGGCAAUGUAGCUCUGGACCACUGAUAACAGGGAAGAAUAGACAGUUCUGGCAGAGGUUUAGAGGCAGCAGAAGUGCGCAUGGAUUUCUCCCAGUGAAGUUGUGGCCCAGGAACUAGCUUAAAAAACAACCAGACGGAACAUCUCAUGCAGAGGAAGUGGUACGAAAUAGGCAAGAGUUCAUUGUAUUUUCAGAUUCUUUGAACAAGUAUUAUUCUGUCUCGAGCCAGUUUUUCCUUGAUUCGAUUGUUUUUUCGUUCGUGUCAUUGAUUAUGUUAAAGUUCCUGAAAUGGCCUGGGGUUAUACA